AACAUAACAUUAAAUUUACAAUCAGCAUGUCGAUUUCAAUAAUAUUUACGGAGCAUAUCACAACCUAACCUGAAUAAUGUUCAGACGGCGUUAUCAACAGUGCCUCUUUCAAACGCUCAAGAAUCGGUGCCAAUGACCUGAAUUUUUUGCGUUUUAAAGAUGGCUGCUUCCAGCAGUUUCGGUUCAGAAUUAUUAUUUCCAUCUAUCUUUAUGCAACAAAUCGGCUGAAUUGAUCAAGACAACACGAACAAAGAUGUCGCAAAAAACUGUUGAAGACAGCGUGUAUGAUGUCGUUGGAGAAAUCUUGAAAGGGGAAGCAAUUGAAGAGGCGUUCUGUUCUGUCAUCUUGCAUACCAAAGAGUCGGAAACAUGGAAGAAAGAUUUCUGCACAGGGAAGCUGAAAAAUCUUCUCAUUACUACUCCCCAGGACUCCUUGGAUUUAGCCCUGCGGACUUAUGUUGGAAUAAUGUAUGACCAAAACAAUGCUAGUCGUGUCAAUCUCAUGGCUAGCCUAUUGGAAUCUAUGGUCGAAAACAGUGUCAUACCUGCAAGACCUGUGUGUGAGGCACUACUGAGCCAGGACAGGCUACACUAUGAGGUACCUCACAUGUGGACCAAGACAUUUCAGCUCCUCAAGAAAAUCAUUGGAGGUGUGGAGUAUAAAGGCUGCAGAGAUCUGCUGAGGUCCAUAAUGGAGAAGAUCCAGAUGAUACCGGAGGUUGGAAACAUAUCUCUAACGCCCCAGAUAGAUGUGGUGGUCAGUGUUGUUAGCCAUAUCCUGGACAGGAAUGUUUGUCUUCUACCCGCCUACCUGGCUGUGAAUGAGAUCACCAAAGUGUGUCCUGAGGAUAAAGUCUGGCCACACUGGAAACUUGGGAAGGUGUUGUCUGACUUUGUGAACAGUUUCAGGCCAGCAGCACAGAUGGUCACUGUGUCAGGACGAGCCCACCUGUUACCCAUUGUUGGACACUCAUUGUCUACAGGGAAUGUGUGGAGACUUAACUCUACCAGUCUCAGAUUCCCUCUCAAUGGGCCCCUUCCCUAUGAUAAGACGUUGUCUGAGGCCCAGACAGGACUGCUUAGAUACGUACUGGAACAACCCUACUCCCGCGAUAUGGUGGGCAGCAUGCUCGGCCUCAAUAAACAGGUCAAGCAAAGAUGUGAAGUGCUGGAGGAACAACUCGUUGACCUGGUUGUCAUGGCAAUGGAAAGGUCUGAGAACGAUGAUGUAGCCAACGAUGAAUGUCUCAGUCAGUUACUUUGGCAACACCUAUCUAGCCAAGUUAUCUAUUUUGUGCUGUUCCAGUUUGCAGGAUUCCCACACAUGGUCAUGUCUCUUUAUGACAAGCUGAAAGGGCGAAAUCUAAACAAAGGUCGCGAUCACCUCAUGUGGGUCUUGCUACAGUUCAUAUCUGGGAGUAUACAGAAAAACCCUUUGACAGACUUCCUGCCAGUGAUGAAGCUGUAUGACCUGUUGUACUCGGACACAUCCAUCAUCGCUAUGCCAGACACAAACAAGGCUUCUUCUACACAUGCCCUGUCCAGUACAUGUAUCUGGAUACACCUCAACAAAAAGGCACAGACGGACAAGGUCCAGCUGCCCCGACCGAUGCCUAACGCCCUUCAGGAUCAUCUGGAGUACUUAAAACAGUGUGUGAACAACAAGAACAUGUCUCUGAAUGACUACAAGAUAGCGUUGUUGUGUAAUGCUUAUAGCACCAACAAUGAAUAUUUUAACCUGCCAAUGGGGAAGCUAGUGGAAAGUAUCUAUGGCGACAGUAAACAUACAACCUUGUUGCCGGGCAACAUUGUUGCAUCAUCACCUACGCAGCCAUUACCGAUGAGUCUUCUAGAUUCCUUAACAGUUCAUGCAAAAAUGAGUCUUAUCCACAGUAUUGUUCACCGAGUGAUCCGCCAGGCGAAGACCAAGUCACCCAUCGCCCCGGCACCAGCCCUGGUAGAGACCUACAGCAGACUACUUGUGUACAUGGAGAUUGAGUCUCUCGGCAUUAAAGGGUUCAUCAGUCAGCUGUUACCUACAGUGUUCACUAGUCAUGCCUGGGGAAUCCUCCACACACUGUUGGAGAUGUUCAGCUACAGACUUCAUCACACACAACCUCACUACAGAGUUCAACUCCUGGGUCAUCUGCAUACAUUAUACUCAUUUCAACAGACCAACCAAAACCAGUUACAACUAUGUGUGGAGAGUACAGCCCUGAGGUUGAUCACAGGUCUGGGGAGUGCUGAAGUCCAACCUCAGUUGUCACGGUUACUCAAUGAACCCAACCGACCAGGCUUCCUGUCCGGGGACUCGGAGGAGCUGAACCGUGCCCUGGUUCUCACUCUAGCUAGGUCAAUGCACAUUACAGGUGUGGAGACGUUUUCAUCAAACUGGUUCCGAGAGAUCCUGACCCAGAUCAUGCAGAGCACACCUCACAGCUGGACCCCGAACACGCUGGCCUGCUUUCCCCCGAGCCUCGCUGAGUUCUAUCAACAAAACCCAGUGGCACGUGAGGACAAGGCCCAGCUCAAACACAGGGUUGACACAGAGUACAAAAAGUGGAAAAGUAUGGCCAAUGAGAGUGAUAUUAUUGCCCACUUUUCUAUGCAGGGUACACCGCCUCUGUUCCUAUGUAUAAUUUGGAAAAACAUGCUGGAUGAGAGUCGAGUACCCCCGAUAGCUUACAAGGUGCUUGACCGCCUGGGACCACGAGCCUUGUCAUCCCACCUCCGCACGUUUGCAGAUUUCAUGGUAUAUGAGCUGAACCUUAGUGGAAUCAGCGGACAAAACGUUAACAAGUUCAUUGAGACCCUCAGUGACAUGGUGUGGAAGUACAAUAUUGUCACGAUAGACCGCCUUGUCCUGUGUGUGGCUUUACGAAACUUUGAUGAGAACGAGGCUCGUUUAUGCUACCUGAUCAUCCACAUGUUGCUGCUGAAACCGGCCGAAUUUAAGACACGAAUCCACGACUUUGUCCGAGAGAAUUCCCCGGAACACUGGCUACAAAGUGACUGGCACGACAAACACAUGGCUUUCCAUAGAAAACAUCCAGAGAAGUUUUAUUACGAAGGGAUACAGGACCUGAACAGCCCCAUUCAGCAUCAGUACCUCCCAGUCUAUUUUGGAAAUGUCUGUCUCCGCUUCAUACCGGUGCUAGACAUCCUCAUACACAGAAUCAUAGAACAACCUACACUCCAGAAUCUACUGGAAAAGAUCCUGGAAAAUUUGGGAAUCCUUUACAAGUUCCAUGACCACCCGAUAACCUACCUGUACAACACCCUACACUACUACCAGAGAAAUCUUAUCAACAGGCCGCCCCUCAAACGCAAGCUUGUCCAGUCCAUCAUGAAUGCCCACAAGGAUAUUCGCCCCAACAACUGGUUCCUGUCUGAGGACUACCAGCGUUUCAUCCAGGAGGACAAUCUCGAGUGGAACCCAGACCUCGACUAUUAUGUCCGCCUCAUUGGCAGGCUUGUCGACACCAUUAACAACAAGACACCAUCCCCAUUUCCAAACUGUGACUGGCGUUUCAACGAGUUCCCCAGUCCCGCUGCACAUGCUCUGUAUGUCACAUGUGUGGAACUGAUGUCACUUCCUGUACACGGCAACAUAGUCGGUCGUGCCCUUCUCGACGUGGUCCUCAAAAAUUGUACACAGCUGAUGAGGUCACAGAUUGUGUCGUGGAUGAACGCUGUUGGACUGGUGCUGACGGCGCUCCCGGACACCUACUGGUCAUCACUCAACAGUAAGGUAGAGGAGGUUGUACGCAGCAUACAGCCCAGCGUGCAGCCUUUCCAGCUUUUCAACUUCAGUGGCAGCCAGUCUGUGUUCGCUGAACAACACUGUAGCUACGUGCUGGCACUUACGCAUGCCAUAUGGCACCAUGCUGGAAUUGGUCAACUGUCUCAAUUACCACAGUUUCUGCGUGAGACAUUGAGGCCAGUGAUUGUGAAUGAGCAGCAGUUUUUGUACCUGUGUCACCUGGUUGGUCCAUUCCUCCAGCGUCUCCACUCAGAGCGUACUCGCUGCCUGAUGGAGUUGGUGGUGGAGCUGUAUGAGAUACUGGUGGUUGUGGACAAGAACUGUGAACAUCUCCACUACAUAGACCCCAUCACAGACUUCCUAUAUCACAUCAAGUACAUGUUUGUUGGGGACGGGGUGAAGAACGAAGUGGAAAAACUGAUCAGGAAUUUCCGUCAACCUCUUCAGGUCCGCCUCCGAUUUAUAUCUCACAUCAACAUAGAAGAGGCCAUGACUCCCCUCGCCCAGCCAAUGUCUGCGUAGAAAUGUUACAGGCUUUGACCGUUUCCUGCUUAUACAGAGAUUAUGAACUUUAUUUCUGCCAUUGUGAGUUUAGGGAGGCAGACUUCUGGUGCUAAUGUGACUGACUCUAUAUGUUUUUACAAUAGUAACAACAAAUUGGGUAAUCAAUAGAACCACAUUGUCAUUUGUACCUAAAGAUGCUGCCAAAGUAUUUAUCUGACAGAGGAUGUGAACUUGGUUUACUGAAAUGCUGCUUGCGACUAAAUGUUUACGGAGAAUCUCAAGUCCUCUAUUAGUGGCGUAUAAUAAAUUGUUUGUGUACUACACUUGUGUCCCAAUCGAACUACAUUUUCACUGUCAAAUGUAUAGUGCUGGUGUGUAUAUCUGAGUUAGUUAGUGGACCUUUGUGUUUAGUACUACAUGACACAAUAGUGUUCAAAUAGUAAAAUCAAUGUAAGAGAACUCAGUAUACAGACAGCAGGUUACUGUAAAGUAGGAAAUCCCUGCAAUUUAUCAUUAACUGAACUUAUAAUUAUUCAUCCACUAAAUAAACACUUGUCAGAUUUGGCGGGGCUGAAGUAUUAGGAUUUACAUUGGUGGAGUAUUAUCUAAUACGAAAUGUUUUUUGGUAACCCUCUGCCAAAGUAUGAAGGAUGUAUAAAGGAAUUAUUAACAAACAAAAAAAGGAAAAAAGAGGUCCUUGAAAUAUGUUGGCAAAAUAGUUUUAACUGUGAAGUGAUUCUGUGUGGAAACAGUGCAUUUAAUAAUCCAUUCAUGGUAGCUAUGUUUCAAACAAUAGUUUUUUUACUAGACAAAUUUUGUUGGUUUAUUCAUAUUGAUUGACCCAUGUCACAAAUGACAUAGUAGUUAACACAAUUUGCACAUCAAUUUUGACAGAAUUGUCCUAUUAGAAGUUCAUGUAUGGGUUCAAAAUCACGUGUUACCAUGCCUACUACUUCAUUUAAAAUAGUGCAUUAAGAUAUACUGUACAAAACGUGAAUUUCUGCUAGUAUUUUAAUGGUUAAUACCAACAUGCUAUAAUAUUGUUAUCAAAUUACGUUAAACAUCACAUUCAUUAUCAAGUACAGUGUACUUGAAUAUGCAUGUGUUUAUUUCAUACCUGACAUAUACAUGCUGGAUCAUGUCAGAUGUGUGGGUGAAUGUAUUAAUGAUUUACUACAGAAUUAAUGUUGUGUUUGUGCUAAAAGUAAAAUUAUUGGACUUGUUGUUCAGUAUGAUUUGUAUAUUUAAUAAAACAAUGUGAAAC